ACUUUUCUGAAACACACCACAAACUGUCCGACGUCCUGCCAUGCAGGGACUCUAACUUAUUUCGGAUUGUGGUCUGUUUCCUUGCGCUCCUGAGUCAUGGCUCCUUUUGGAAAAAACUUCCUGAAAGCUCGACUGAAAAACAGGACAAAAGAGGCUGAGCCUGUGGUGGGAAAGGAGAUUCAGGUUACAGUCUGCAACGAGGAGAAGGUUGUCUGUGGAGUAACAAAGCACACAACUUGCACAGAUAUGAUUCAGGCAUUACUGGAGGAUCACAAGUCAGUCCCAGAGAGCAAGCGGCUCCUGCACGGGGAAGCCAAAGACUUCUGUCUCAUCGAGCGCUGGAGGGGUUUUGAGAGGGCCUUGCCUCCUCUUACCAGAAUCCUGAGGCUCUGGUACGCCUGGGGUGACCAGAGACCCUUCAUCCAGUUUAUUCUUGUCAAAACCACUGAAUUUGUGCCUCAGCCCACCAAGAAGGCUGUGAAGUCUAAGGGGGCAAAGCCGAAGCGGUGGGAGCACACUCGUGCACAGUACCCCCAGUCUCUGCCAGUGGAGAAGCAAAAGCGCAUGGUGAAAAAAGCUUUCAGGAAGCUGGAAAAGCUUCACAAUGAGAGCAAGAGCUCCCCGGGUGCUGAGGAGAUCGAGCGGAUGGUGCAGCUUAUUCUCAACCAGGACCACACCAUCCGGGAGCAAAUCCAACGCAUGAGGGAGCUGGAUUUUGAGAUUGAGCACUUUGAACUGGAGGUGCAGAGAGAAGCUGAGUUGGAGAGUUCAUUGGCUCAGGCUUGCAGUCAGAGUUUGGAGGUGCACAGUGAGGAACAGCUGCAGGAGUACCUGUACACCAGUGAUGGAAUCGAACAGCUUGACCUACAGGUUCAGAGACACCAGGAGCUCAUCUUUCAGCUGUCCCACGACAUUGACGCUGAGCUGAGGAGGGCUAACUUACCACUAGACCAACCUGAGGAGAGUGAACAGGAAGGAGCAGCAGCUGCUUCCUGGAUUGCCUCUGAGACAGACGAAUCAUUCUACGCUGCCGAGCUACAGAGCCUGCAGGAUGAACUGAAACACAGCCUCUUCACAGGUGUGUCCCUUCACAACCAAGCUGCAGAAAUAGACAAGCAGCUGAAGCACUUUGACACUACGCUGGCCUCCAAGGACCAGGAGUGCUGGCAGCUGGCUGCCCAGCUGAGCUCACUGCAAAUCGGGGACAGCACAGAGGAUAAGUCCAGUCCUCUCCCUCUGAAAAGUGAGACCCAGUGCAGCGUCUCACAGACAGUGAAACUCAAACACAGCCUGUCCCCUCUAGACAUUACAGACACAGACUCAGACACUGGGAUUAGCUCCACACACAGUCAGGACUCACUGUCACCAUGUCUCGACUUCCCUCCCCCACUGGAUACAGACGUUUGAACAACCCAGCUGACCCUGCAGUUUAAUGUUCUGUAUACACCAGCCCCAGUU